AUGGCUUGCCAAAUUAGUACAAAUCAACCUCAUGGUUAUGAUUUUGAUGACAAACGAGGGUUUGACAAUGAACAGGGUUUUGUUGACGGAUGGGAUUCUGACAACGAAGAAGGUUUUGUUGAUGAAUGGGGUUCUAACAAUGAACAGAAUUCUGGCAAUGAAUAG